CCCACGUGACUGACGUUUAUGCAAAAUGGCGGCGCCCAGGGGUGCUGUUGGUAUGCUGCGGCUGUUCAUGGGCCAUGUGACUGGCUGUCAGCGUGUUUUCUACUCAUCAGUUAAUCAUAUCUACUUAUACCGGUCAAGCAUUCAUCAAAGAAGACACCUUUUUUGCCACAGACAGAAAAAUGCUUAUCAGGUAGUUUGGCCAGCUGAUGUGUCUCCUGCUCAUCCAGUUCCUAAGCAUAUAAAACAGCCAGACUAUGUGACGACAGGCGUUCUGCCUGACAUGGGAGAUGAAAUAGACCUUAAGAAUGAAGAUCAGAUUCAACGGCUUCGUCAGGCUUGUCAGCUGGCCCGUCAUGUCCUGCUUCUGGCUGUGAGGAGUGUAAAGGUUGGCAUGACUACAGAAGAAAUAGAUUAUUUGGUUCACCAUGAAAUAAUCAAGCACAAUGGUUACCCGUCACCUCUAGGAUUUAAAGGUUUUCCAAAAUCUGUUUGUACUUCAGUAAACAACGUGGUAAGCCAUGGAAUUCCUGACAGCCGCCCUCUCCAGGAUGGCGAUAUUAUUAACAUUGAUGUCACAGUGUACCUCAACGGCUACCAUGGUGAUACAUCCGAAACACUGUUAGUGGGGAAUGUGGAUAAGGCUGGUCAAAAGUUAGUGGAGGUUGCCAGGAAAUGCAGAGAUGAAGGAAUUGCAGUUUGCAGACCUGGGGCUCCUUUCUCCGUAAUUGGAAACACAAUCAGCAACAUUGCACAUCAAAAUGGUUUUCAAGUCUGCCCUUACAUUGGUGGUCAUGGGAUAGGAACGAACUUACAUAGUAAUCCUGAAGUUUGGCAACAUGCCAACGAAAAUGACGUGUUAAUGGAGAAGGGAAUGGCAUUCACAAUAGAGCCUGUAAUAAUGGAAGGGAUGAUUGAAUGUUAUCUCCUGGAUGAUGAUUGGACUCUGAUAAGCGCAGACCUCAAAAGAUCAGCCGUGUUCGAGCACACCAUUGUCAUUACAGACAAAGGAGCAGAAAUCCUGACCCUCCUGGCUAAGGAAACUUAAGAGCCACCAGCUGGCAGAAGAACCUUUUCCUGUGGUGCAUCCCCGGGGAAAAGCUGGCACACGAAGGGCUGCAUCAACCCAUUUAUUUAUUUAGGGGAGCUGCUUUCUGCAGGAUCCUCAAAGGACAGUGAUGUAAAAAACGGGAUAAUCUUUAAACAAAGCUUGUAACCCUACUCCACAACUAUACAAAAAAAUAUAAUCCCCUCUUUC